AUGUACAGGCGUGGCCAUGGCGACUCGCUAUUGCUCCUUGGGGUCUAUGUGGAUGACUUGAUCAUCACUGGAUCAGCUGAGGCGGAGAUCAACCGCUUCAAGGAGGAGAUGAAGGCGAUGUUCAGGAUGAGCGACCUUGGGUUGCUCUCCUUCUACCUUGGCAUCGAGGUGCAACAGAGUAGCAGCGGGAUCACGCUGUGCCAGGCGCAUUACGCCAAGCGCAUCCUAGAGAUGGCAGGGAUGCAGGACUGCAACCCUGCGCACACCCCCAUUGAGGAGUGGCUCAAGCUAAGCCGUGAUAGCACGGCGACGGAGGUGGACAUCACUCAGUACUGGAGGAUCAUUGGAAGCCUCCGUUAUCCUGUCCACACGCGGUUGGACCUCGCUUUCAGCGUGGGGUACAUGAGUCGCUUCAUGGAGCGGCCUAUGAAGGAACACAUGGCGGCAAUGAAGAUGAUCCUGUGCUAUGUGGCUGGGAUGUUAAGUCUCGGUUGCCACUACGGGAGGACAGCGGAGGCACGGCUUGUCGGGUACACUGACAACGAUCUCGCCAGCGAUGUUGACACAAGGAGGAGUACAUCCGAUGAUUUGUUCUUCUACGGCAGCAACUUGGUGAGGUUGCAUGCUCUCAAGCAAAAGGUGGUGGCACUCUCGUCCUCUGAGGUGGAGUAUGUUGCUGCCACUACCAUAGCCACACAGGCGGUGUGGUUGGCUCGACUGCUCGGUGACUUCAAGGGGAGGGACGCCAGCAUCAUCAAGCUGAAGAUUGACAACAAUUCAACCUUAGCGCUGAUACAAAACCCUGUCUUCCAUGAACGUAGCAAACAUAUCGAUGUGCGCUACCACUUCAUCAGGGAGUGCCGGGAAGAUGGGAGGAUUAGUGCUGAUUUCAUCAGCACUAUGGACCAGCUCGCUGACAUUCAAACGAAAGCACUUGGGCGAGACAGAUUUCAUGAGCUUCGUGCUAGGAUUGGAAUGGUCAACAUCAAUUCCAUAUCCACACACAAGGAUUAG